AAAGUCCAAAGCUAAAUGCUGAAUAGAAAAGUAUUUUGGGGAAAGAAAAACAAAAAAGGCGUGAUCAUUUUUAUUGGAAAGUCUAUUUCUUCUGUGUUCGCUGACUUUCACUGAGGUGGGUCAUAGGACAUCCAAACUCUGCUCAGCUGAAGACACAAUGUGCCCAAAAUUUGCCCAGUAGAAGGAGUACUACAGGAAGGAUUGACACUGUAUCACACAGCUGUGGAGAGAUCAGGAUUUGACGAGCUGAAGAAGCCAAAGCGCUGGUAGUUUCUCAGGAGCCUAACAAGGACUGCACGUAAUUUGCAUAAAACUGAAUGGAUUGCAGCCACUUUCUUCCCCAGUAAAGAGGAGCACGCCAUGGGAACUACAACUCUCCCAGCAUGCAAUGCGCCCAGUAGACACAGAGUCUAUCUCAGUUAAUAAUCUGCCUGUUUCCAAGAGGAGACACUACUGAUCCCAGCAUGCAAUGCUCCCAAUUGGUCUGUGCGGCCCCUGUCUGGAGCAAUGCAUACUGGGAAGUGUAGUCCGCCCUGUUCGAGGCGGGCCUCGCGGUUCCCUGGGCGGCGGGGCACUAGGACUGCAGAGCGGGGUGCGGGUGCCAGACGGGUUCCAAUGCUGGAGGCCCCCCACAAGCGGAAGCCUGGGGGCUGAGGCGAUGAUCUUGUGCCAUGCGGAGCCGAAGAGCCUGGGAGCGCCGCGGGCUGCUGUGUAUUGCUGUCUUGAGUUUGGUGUGAUGCCCAGUAUAUGCUAUGCUGGUGAAGUCACACCUGCACCUAAAGAGCACUGAAGUCUGUUGAUGAGAACAAGAUACAUUAGAAUUCAUUUAUACCUCUUCCCAGAGGGUCUAUAAAAGAUGCAAGAAAAACAAGUGUGUGUGUCUCAAAAUGCCUCAUCUUCUUGCUAAUAGUGGCUUUGUUUAUUAUGAAAAGUGAAAGAGGAAAACAUUUUUCUGGACAUCUUAAAAGUAGCUUGUGAAGGUGACAAAAAUGCUUUGUGUGAGGCAUAUUUACGCAUUUGCACUGAGACGCUGCCAGUUUCGAACUCUGAGUAGUGACACGUUGCUGAGCCAGUUAACUAGCUGCACAACUGAAGAUCAGGUCUUUGAUCUUGUUGGAAAGAACAAAGCCAAACUAUCUGAAAAACACGUUGGAAGUGCAAUUAGUCUACUGUGGAAAUUUCAAAAGGAAAAGUCCCAUCUGUUGAGGAAUAUCGACUAUGUAAAAAACCAUUCCCAGUUUCUUACUCUUCGCAUUUUAGCUGAAAACAAGAUAGAAUUUAUGGAUAAUGAUCUCUUGGUGGAUACGCUGUACAAUGUAUUGAGGUUCACUGUUGAGGCCCAUGAUUCUCUGGUAGAAGAGCUGGUCAUGGAAGCAUGGAGAAGAUUAGAAAGGUUUAGUCUGCCAACUCUGUCUAAGUUUGCACUGUGUCUAAAUGAACAACAGAUGUACUUUAGCCCUCUAAUUGGCAAAAUAGCUGAUAUUGUGAACGUGAAUUUGGAUUCUAUACAGGACCCAAGGGCCCUGUCGGUUUUGAUGAUCAGUAUAUCUAGUGUUAUCUCACAGAAUUUUCGAGACCGAUUAAUACAAAAGGCUGAACUUCUGUUGGAAACAGUGAAUUCCAUCAAUUUCAACCAUGCCAGAAGGAUGGUGCAGUUUCUUCGAAAUGUCAGACUAACUUACCGUCCAUUGCUGGAAAAAUGCAAUAAGGUUUUCCUUGAGAAUCCCAGUCAGCUUGAUCUAGAGAACAUCAGUCUUAUCCUUGGACUAUACCAGUCUCUACAAUUUAACAACACUGAAUUCCGAUUAGUCAUUAAACAGAAGCUGACUGAAACUAUUGAUGAUUGUAACAAUCCUGUGAAUUUCACAAGAUUAUUUGCUGCUCUAGGACCUAUGGCAGGACAAGAGGUAAGAGAACGGUUAAUAGCAAAUGCACUGCUAAUGGUGGAAGAAUUUAACUGUCACCAAGCGUUAGUAGUAGUGGAAACAAUGGAAGAAAUGGAAUGUAGAAAUUCACAUCUGAUUCAAAAAAUUGCUUCUCUUCUACAUAAGUACUUGGAUAAGUACAAGCCAACAGAGUUGGCAAAAAUAACGCAAGCUUUGGUGCUGCUGCACUGUCAGAAUGCAGAGCUUUACACCAAAUUAAGAAGAUUGCUAGUUGGCUACUUACAAGUUAACGUUGUUCCCAGUGACAUUUCUAUGCUAACUCGUGUUCUGUCCAUGCUUCCUUCUUCUCACGUGGAUGAAGUACUGAUUAACAGAGUUGAUGCAGUUUUGCCUCAGUGCAACUUAAGUGAUUUGAAUAGCUGUGCUACAGCUCUUGUCAGAUGGGUUCGUCAUGAUCAGUCACAUCAGCAAAGCACUUCUGGACCAGGUGCGAAGCUUCUGCAAAAAUUAAGUAACUGCGGAUAUCAGAGGCUUCAAAAAGCCAGUGACUUGGAUCUGUUGCUGGAAGAACUUAAAUAUAUAUCUGGAGAAUGGUUUGAAGAAAUACUUGUUGAAGAAACAAUCAGUACUUGUCAGCGCUUGAUGGACCAAAUUACAUGGAUGAAUGUACUAGAAUUUUCAUCUUUUCUCAUCAAAACAAACUACCGCUGUACUCCAUUACUUGAUAGAAUAGCUUCUGUGGCAGUUCAACAUAUGAGCAAGAUCCAUCCUUCUGGAACAUAUACUCUUCUCCUCCCCUUCACAGUUAUGAAUUAUGAUCCUCCUCAAAAUGAAGAGUUCUUUGAGACUUGCAUCCAACAUUUUAGCUCUCACUUAGGUUGUUUUGAGCCUCACCUCCUGGUGCUGCUUGGUUAUUCCUUGGCUGUUGCUGAGUAUUUUCCUCCAGCCGUGAUAAACGCAAUAUUUAAUGUUGAUUUCCUAGCCAAACUGGAUGCCCAGCUUGAAACCCUACCAGAUACCUUGAAUUGGAGGGUCCGGUUACGCCUGAUGGAAUUGAACAGAGCUGUGUGUCUGGAAUGCCCUGAGUUUCAGAUCCCUUGGUUUCAUGAGCGCUAUUGUCAGCAGAUGCAGCGUAAAGGCAAUGGCAGCACAAAUACAGCGCAACAGCAGAUUCACAGAAUGCUGGGGGAGAUCUUGGGAGGAAGCCAGUAUGCAAAAGUAUCUGUUCUCACACCUUACUACUAUGGAAUAGAUUUUGAAUGCAUUCUGGAUAAAAACAAAAAGCCUCUUCCCUAUAUGGAUCAGAGUAUAGUUUUGGCUGACUUAGUGCAGUGGGGACCAGACAUCCAGCUCCGGGGGAAGAAGGGGCUUCCACCGGGAGCACAGAGAAUUGCUGUGGAGUUUCUGGAUUCUAAAGCUUUUUGCAAAAAUUCAUGUCACCUCAAAGGAGAAAUUGCAAUGAAAAAAAGACACCUGGAAAUUUUGGGGUACCAGGUGGUUCAGAUUCCUCACUUUGAAUGGAAUUCUAUGGAGCUGUCAUCAAAAGAUGCAUGGAUGGAGUAUCUGAAAAAGAAUAUAUUUGAAACAAAGUGCAUGCUGAGGGUUUAUCAUUGGAGGGUUGUUCAUGAGUGCUAGGUUACUGGACUUGAAAAUUUCUUAGAAAAGCAUCAUGGAAGAAUCUGCUUUAUAAACAAGCCAAAAAUCACAUGCAAAGAAAAAAAAUUUACAAGGAUUUUGCAACCAGAAGAAAAAUCAAAGCAUGUCAAAUUGUAGGGUUAAUACCCGUAACCUAAUAACCUUGUAAACUUCUGUUUUCAUGGCUCACAGAACAACUAGUACUGCAUUAGCUAAAGCGUGUUUCCUAGGCCACAUGAUGUACCUUUGCCUUCAGUAGGCUUAUGCAUAUGUCAGAUUCAAUUACUCUCUUCUGAAUGUUACAUAUAAAAUGUUUGUAGAUCUGGCAAGACCAUGCAACUUGUGUAUAUGGUUGGAGUGGAAAAUAAAGCUGUCUAAACAGCCUAUUGCUAAUAAGACAAAUUAAAUAGAACUAGCAGGUAUCUAGAAAUUAAUUGGCUUUAGUGAUGUCUCUUACAUCUGUGGUGUGACUUCUUAAAAUUGUUUCAAGAUAAGUGCCCAAUCCUGUAAGCAGAAUUUCACAUGUGGAAGGAGUGAGCUUCACAUGAUAUCUUCAUUUAUUCAAAACCAGUUCCAGUCAAUGUCAAUCAGAAUUCUUUCUUUCUGUUUCUAACCUUGAGCGAAAAGUUAGUUUUGGUUUAUUAUCUAAAAAAAUGAGUACCAUUUCAAACACAGCUGGAGUCACAGUUUAAGGGAUACUUACUAUAAAUCUCUGUACAGUUUGUUUUUAUGCAACAAAAAUAAA